AUCGCGCGCAAUGUCCGUUACUUUGCAGAUCCGAUAAAAUGAGUACAUUUUCUGGAUUUUUCCCGGAAAUCCCGGGCAUUUCUGCCGACCGUUUCCUGGAAGUGAACCGUUCCGAAUCGCGAGUGUUCUUCCUCUCUCACUGUCACAUGGACCACAUGCAGGGACUUCAGCUACCGGAUCCGCUUCCGGGACCACUGUACACCAGUCCCAUAUCGGCAGUCUUUCUGAGGCAUCGUUUCCCUCAGGUGGUCGAAAACGUUCGGCCGAUUGAAAUCGGAGAAACCCUGUCAAUCCAACUGAACUCGACCGAGCUACACGUCACCGCCAUUCCAGCUGGGCACUGUCCCGGUUCGAUCAUGUUCCUGUUCGAAAACGACCACAAAAGUCUCUACACCGGUGACUUCCGGCUGUCACCGAAAGAUCUCCGUAACAUCCUCCCCUUGAGGGACCUCACACCGGACAUAGUCUAUCUGGACACGACAUUCUUCCUCCGUCAGUAUCGCUAUUUCCCUCCCCAGUCGGAGAGUCUUACCAAAAUCGCCUCCCUGUCCCAGGAGUGGCUGGCACUUAACCCGCAAAACGCAAUUACCAUCAAACUCCCUGCCCUCUACGGUUCGGAAUUUCUUUUCAUGGAACUUUCGCGCUCUCUUGGUCAGAAGAUCCACGUAAAGCGGGAAGAACUCCAGAGCUACCGCUUCCUCGCAAGCUUGGACGACGUCGUUACGGCCGACGGUGCAAGUGACACUCGGAUCCAUGCCUGCGAUCGCCAUGGGAAGUUGGCGUGCCGACCGGAACUGGAUGGUAAGUUCAUCCGUGUGAUACGGCCAUCGGCCCUGCGGUGGCGAGGACUGAAGCCAGGGGACGCCAUUUGGCGAAGAUUGGGAGGGGACAUCAACCGGGAGGAGUUUUCAGUUUGCUACUCGAACCAUGCCAGUUACGAUGAGUUGGAGGACUUUUUACGUUAUCUGCGCCCGAAGGCGGUUCGGCUCAAUGUGGUGUGGAAGGACGAUCCGGGCGGGGCUCAGAUGAAGGGCUUGCUGAAGGAGGUUUGUCCGUGGAUCGGUCGGGAGGAGGGCGCUGACAAGAGUGUGGGUAGUUCUUCGGGGGAAGCGCUGAAGUUCGACGGUAUUGUGUACCAACGAAAGGGGAGCAUGAGGAGGAGGAGGAGUCAGCAGAAGCUGUUCUCCGACGAGGAAAGUGGCGACGAAGAAGCUGCGAUAGAACAUUUGCCCAAGAGGGUUCGUUAA